AUGGUGCGUGAAAUCCUGUUUUUGCACGUUGGACAAUGCGGUAAUCAGCUAGGACAUGAAUUUUGGUCUGUAGCAAUUAAGGAACAAUUGAAUAAAAAAAUAAAUGAGAGAAAAGAAUUAAUAGGAAAAUACAGUUUUAUGAACGAUUCUGUGACUUCUUUUUUUGAAAAUGAGAGUGAAAAUUUUAAUUUAAAUAAAAAAGAAAGGUUAAAAGCACGAGCUAUAUUAAUAGACACAGAAACAGGGGUAGCAAAUGAAAUUAUGAAAAGUUCCCUUUCUUCCUAUUUUGAUGAAAAUAACAUUUUCACUCAGCAAUCGGGUGCGGGAAAUAAUUGGUCUCAAGGAUAUAUGCAUUAUGGAAGAUUGUAUGGAAAUUUAAUCGACAAUAUAAUUAGAAGGAACGUAGAAAAAUGUGAUUCUCUACAAUCAUUUUAUAUCACAUCAUCAUUGGGAGGUGGAACUGGUUCUGGUUUGGGUUCCUAUAUUUUAGAAAUGUUAUCCGAUAAUUACAAACAAAUAAAAUUUAGCAAUUGUGUAUUUCCAUCAGCUUGUGAUGAUGUAAUAACAUCUCCGUACAAUAGCUUUUUCGCAUUAACAAAAAUUCACGAUUUUUCGAAUUGUGUUUUACCCGUUUCAAAUGAUGCAUUAUUAAACAUUUUAAAUAGUAAAAAACUGAAAGAUAAAGAAAAUGACAAAAAUGAUUAUUCGAAGAUGAAUAAUAUAGUGGCUAAUGUAAUUGUAAAUUUAACAAGUUCUAUGAGAUUUGAAGGUUCAUUAAAUGUAGAUAUAAAUGAAAUAUGUACAAAUUUAAUUCCCUAUCCCUUUUUUAAUUUUAUAUUAUCAUCCUUAAGUCCUUGUAUAGAAACAGAAAAUAUUAGAACAUUUGAUCAUUUAUUUAAAAAUGUUUUAAAUCAUAAUAAUCAAAUGCUUAUAGCGAAUCCGAAGGAUGGUCUUAGUUUAUCUAUGGCAUUUUUAGUUAGGGGUAAUGUUAACAUUUCAGACGUAACUAAAAAUAUAUUAUUAACAAAGAAUAAUUUGAAUAUUUUAAGAUAUAAUAAAGAUGCUACCAAAAUAGGCUUAUGCAAUGUUCCUCCUUUAAAUCAUCCGUAUAGUUUAUUGUGUUUAAUUAAUUCGUGUGAAAUAAGAAAUACGUUUUUACAAAUUUUAGAAAGAUUUAAUAAAUUAUUUAAAAGAAAGGCACAUUUGCAUCACUAUUUAGAAUAUUUAACUAUGGAUGAUAUUUUAGAAUUUAAAGAGAAAAUACAGAAUUUGAUUUUUGAAUAUAGCUAUAUUCAGAAAAAUUCAUUUUGUUCACCUAAAUUUUUAAAUAAAAAUACAGUCAAUAUUUUAGGAUAUGAUGUAUGUGAGGAGGAAGAUACAAAGAACGAAACCCCUACUACAGAAGAAAGUGCAUGUCCUCAUUAUUUAAAGUAUAAUAUGAACAAGUAUGAUAUGAAAAUCAACUGGUUUGAUUUUAAAAACAGGCCUAUUGUUUAA